CAUCUCCUCGCUACAUCCGCGUCAACCUCCAUCGCCAUCACCGUCCCUCCAUCUCAGCCAUAUUAUCCGCGUCAUGGCCCACAUCGACAGCCUCACAAGGCUCGCCACCUCGGCCCUUGCCAUAAGAAUGGCCUAAUGGCUUGACCCAAAAGUGCUGGCUUUACGGCCGUGCAAGUCCCAUGCCCACCCCCGACAAAUCAGCAAUGAUCUGGCUCACCACCUGCAUCGCACUCUUGCUGGGCAUCACACUGUACUAUGCUUUCGCACGAAAGCCCAGAAUACAUCGUCACGGUCAUGCCUUGAGACAUGCGCCGGACUCCCUCCCGCUCCUUGGAAAUGCCAUUCAGUUCCUCAAACCGCGCCAUGUCCUCUUCGACUGGUUCGUCAAAUGCCAGCAGAUGUUUGGCCAGGAGACGUUCGAGAUUUCCGUUCCUUCGCUACCUCCCGGUGUGGUCAUCAACAGUCCUCAAGUCUUGGAGUAUGUACUCAAAAACGAGGCGGCCAUCACCAAGGGCGACUUCUUUAGAGAACGUUCUUGGGAUCUUUUUGGCUAUGGCAUCAUCAACGCAUCCGGCGAGCUGUGGCGCGCGCAACGGAAAGCCGGGUUGAAAUUCUUUAGUGGCACCAACCUCGAUAUCAUGAUCGAAGAGGUUCUACCGGAGAUCUAUCACGAGUCCACCAGGGAUGUCCUCUCUCAAGCUGCCCAGGAGCGAUCUGUGGUCGAUUUGCAGAAGAUCUUCCACGAUCUCACGACCACGGUGGUUGGACACAUGGCGUACGAUAUGGAAAUCGACGCCACCUCCCCCUUCAGCAAAGCCUUUGAUCACGCCUCCUCCCAAAUCGGUCUCCGCUUUCAAAACCCCCUCUAUCGCAUCACCGAGAUCUUCACAGGCUCUUCCUUCCGCGCGGCCCUCAUCGAGGUGAAGCGCUUUGGCCGCCAGAUUGUGUCCGAAGCGCGCAAGCGCCGUGCUCGGGAAGCGUUUGAGAGUCUCAUCACCAACACCCACGAGGAGGAGACCAAGCUCGAGCAGCAGCGAAGGCAACCCGACAACGACGACGAAUCCGGGUUGGGAUUUGGAACCUUGAUUGAUUCACUCAUCGAAUCGUUGGGAGAUCCGAAAAUCGUGGCCGAUGCAGCGCUCAAUUUCCUAUCCGCGGGUCGAGAUACCACGGCGCAGAGUUUCACCUGGACAUUCUACGCAUUGCUGAGACAUCCUGAGGUGUUGAAGCGGUUGAGGGAGGAAAUUGAUUCGAAAUUCGACAUGGCGCCUUCUUUACCAGCAGAUAUGAGUCCAGUAGACGGUGCUGCAGCCGCGGAUGUUGAAAGCGAGGGCGAGGAUAUCGAAAUCGACGUAUCGGCCCUCCAGCCAACAUCCCUCCCGUACACCACGGCCGUCUUUUAUGAAUCCCUUCGCCUGUACCCGCCCGUCCCCUUUGAAAUCAAGCAAACCACUCAACCAGUCACCCUGCCCGACGGCACCUCCUUGCCCGCAGGGGCAGUCGUCGUGUGGUGCAUCUGGGCCCUCAACCGCUCCUUGUCGACGUUCGGCGAAGACGCCCACUCCUUCCGCCCCGAGCGCUGGUUAGAACCCUCCACCUCCAAAGCGAGCCCUCCUCGCUCGGACGGGGAUGCCAACGACCCCACAGCCCCCCCGCCCGGCCUCAAGUUCACGGGCUCCAGGUACUCGGCGGGCGAGUUCCCCGUCUUCAACGGCGGCCCGCGCAGCUGCCUGGGCAAGAAGAUGGCCGAGCUGAUGGGCGCGUGGGUGCUGGUGCGCGUGCUGCGCGAGUGGGACUUCGAGGAGGUCAACGACGGCUUGAACAUGGACGGGUCCUCGGGCCGGCGCCGCAGCGCCAAUUCCCUCACGCUCCCCAUGCAGGGCGGCCUGCCUGUGCGGGUCACGAGGAGGACGGCGAGGAGGAGGAGGGUGUGAAGGUUGUUAUUGCGUACUUUGUACUGAGUACUCACUUGACCUUGAACCUGUUGAUCCUCUGCUAUGUAUAUUCUACCACAGUAGACUACACUGCAUUUGAAUUGCAUGAUCAGCGAUCACGAAUUGGGCUGGCGCUGGGAUGGUGGCUAUAGUUGGGUUCAAAAAGCAUUGAAGCGAGUUCAAUCGUUGAAAAAAGAGCUCGUUUCAUAGAGUCAAGAAGAAGAGCCGUGAAGAAAUCCGUCUCGAGGCAUUGUGCGUAAAGUACAACUAGAAGAAUCUAAGUGGCUUGUUGAGCAGAGCUCGACAUUUAUACGUUGGAAAAGACCGGGUUGUCUCAGAGGUUGUGUCGUCAAGUUGUAGGCAGGGGAGUCAGCCUCGCCUGCCACAGGGCACGGUGGAACGUCUUU